UAGAUUAGUAAAUAGAUGGCGAGAAGGUUUUUGUUGAGUCACCUUUUAAAGGUUUUCGGGACAUGAGGUUGAUUCCUUUGUCAAAUCGUGUUUUGAUGUGAAUUCAGUCUUCUUGAGUAAUUAUCUCCAAAUUGAGGUAGUGCAGUCCGCACGCGCUCGAUGUUGUCCUGUUAUAUAGCCUACAUAUCUUUGCGUUCACAUGUACCAUCAGGGCUGGAUAGAGACUUCCGACGCUGUGUUCAAGAGACAAUUCCAGCCCCAAUUUGUUUAAAUCGAGAUGGCUUGACCCGAGCAGUAAAGGAAAUGAACAGCCAGCUCCAGAGACAAGGCUCUGCUACAGCAGUCCAAGGAACUGGUUACACCAGCGACCAGGGAUCCCCACGGUUGCGACGGGUUACCUCUUCACGGUCCGACCAGAAUGGCCCUCAGUUUAACUGGCGCCCAGCCUCUGCGGCCCAGGAGGAUGCAGGGCAGGAGGCGGCCGUACCCCCGAAAGACCUCCGAGCACUCCCCAUGCCAAUGGCCCUGAAAAGAGCCAUCAGUCAGGUCCAGCAGAUGCAGGUGCCAGUGUUGUCCAGUUUCCAGUCCUGGAAGAGGAGCAAAGCCAAAUCGCUGAGUCGGGCCCGCAAAAGUAUCGGAGGAUUCCUGCACUAUAUCACACUCUGGAGGAGGUCCCUGAACAAGAUUGGAGGGAACUUUGGAGAUGGUGUCCAGUCUUACUUCCUGUUCCUGCGAUUCUUGGUGGUCCUCAACUUCCUGUCCUCCAUGCUGAUCAUUGGAUUCGUCCUCAUCCCCAGCAUUGUGUUCAGAUCUGUUGCGUCAGAUUCUGUGAACAUGACAGAUAACGGCACAGCAGAAUGCAGACAGUAUGACCAUAAACCAGACCCUCUCGUGAGAUACUUCAGCUACUUCCUGGACUUACUUUCUGGAACCGGCUUCAUGGAGUACACCUACCUGUUCUAUGGCUACUACCGCAACACCAUGGUGGCAGAAAGUGACUUUUCCUACAACAUCCCACUGGCUUACCUCUUCACUGCUGUCUUUUACUUUGCCUUUUGUCUCAUCUGCAUCACUGCACGCGCGGGGACUGCUGUUCGUGUUGCUGUGGCAACAGGAGGCGGCGCCACAGGCAGUUACAGUAGGAUUGUGUUCACUGGCUGGGACUUUGGUUGCCUCAGUGACAGGGCUACGAAACUGAAACAGAAAAACCUUCACUACCAGCUUCAGGUGGACCUCGAAGAGGAGAGGAUAAAGAAUGAGGCUGCCUCUCUGACCUUGCGUCGAAAAGUAUUGCUGUACUCGUCGCGUAUUCUUCUGUCUCUCGUUGCUUUCGGCCUAAUUAUCGCAGCUUUCUACGGCAUUUACCAAGCCACCACCUUCAGCCAGAGAAAAGUCAAAGAGACAGGAGUGCUUGGGCUGUUCUAUGAGUACCUGCCCUCCAUCGUCAUCACCGUGGGGAACUUCGUUGUUCCCGUGCUCUGUGACCAGAUAGCCUUGCUGGAGCGGUAUAACCCCAGCAUCACUGUCAUUGUGGCCUUGCUAAGGUCAGUUUUUCUGAGAAUGGUCAGUCUGGGUGUCCUCUUGUUCACAUUGUGGAGCCAGAUAACCUGUUUUGAAGGGGUUUCUGAGGAAUGUGCAUUAUGCCACUACAACCACAAGAGCUACCCAUGUUGGGAGACCCGAGUGGGACAGGAGAUGUACAAACUGACCCUGUUUGACCUGCUCAUCACCCUUGCAAUGCUUGUGCUGGUCGAGUUUCCACGCAGGAUGGUGGUUGACAACUCAUCCAACAAGCUGAUUCAGUUUGUAGGCCGUCAGGAAUUUCUAGUCCCGGUCAAUGUCCUGGGACUGGUGUACGGACAGACGGUCGUGUGGACAGGGGCUCUGUUUUGCCCUCUGCUGCCGCUCAUUAACACUUUGAAAUUUGUGAUUGUCUUCUACGCUAAGAAGAUAACACUCUUCUCCAACUGCCGCCCGGCCGCCAAGACGUUUCGCUCCACCAAGUCCAAGGUGUUCUUCCUGCUGGUGCUGCUGUUUGGCUGGAGCCUCGCGCUGGUAGCCCUGAUCUACAGCAUUGCCGAGAUCCACCCUUCGAUGAGCUGCGGGCCCUUCCACUCUCUCGUCUCAAUGUGGGCAAUCGUUCCUGAUUCGUUCUAUAGCCUCUCCUUAACGACACAAGGCUUCCUCUACUUUAUUGGCUCACAGCGCUUCUCCAUUCCCUUGUUUCUUUUCUUUAGUGUGGUGAUGUGCUAUUUCAUAGCCUUAGCCUCCGUUUACGGAAAAAGUGUGGACUUGCUCAAAGCUCAGCUUAAACUGGAGGCCCGCGACAAGCAGUUCCUGGUCAAACAGAUUGAAGAGCUCAGUCGAACGCUUGGAGUUGCAAAAUAAUUCACAAUAUAAAUUGCCAACGCCACCACCUGCACUAAGAACACUUUCUCUUAAUUCUUUUGCACCUCUGUCAUUUAGUUAAAUAUAUAUUAAUAUAUAUAUAUAAAAUAUACAUAUAUUAAUAUAUAUAUAUAAAAUAUACAUUGAUCUUGUAUCAGUGCAUGUCAAUUUAUCUGAACAAACUGUUCUUAUAUCCAGAAAUGAAAUAUUUGCCAUAUAUGAUAAAUAAACCCCGUAACCUUGA